AACUGCAUGCGGUCAGCUCUCGAUAGUAACUUACCUGCAUGAACUUUGACCUACUUCCUGUUAAACAUCGUGUACAAAAACAACGCCCCCGAGAUCCAAAGUCCACCAAUAUCGCGGGAUAAAGUCACCAGAGAAGUUCCAGUAUGACUGAAUUUGAUCCCAGUAAGAUGUGGGUUGAACUCCACCUUCACCUGGAUGGUGCAGUCCGAACAGACACACUGUUCGAUGUUGCCAAGCGCCGCGGCUUGUCGUUGCCUGCAGACACGGUGGAUGGCUUGGUGCCGCAUGUCAGCAUGGACAAACCAGGCAAGAUCGCCGCCAUGUUCCACGCUUUCCAGACCCUGCUACCAGUCAUCAGCGGUGACCGAGCUGCUAUUCGCAGGAUAGCUUACGAGUUGUGUGAGGACGAGGCUCAACAAGGAGUGGUGUACUUUGAAACCCGUUACUGCCCACAUCUACUCACAAGUAAUCACACAGGUGAGAGUGGGGAUGACCCAACAGUAGCUGAGGUUGUGGAGCUUGUGAAUGCAGGUCUGAAGCGGGGGAGUAAAGACUUCAACAUACAGGCCAGGAGUCUGCUGUGUGCCAUCAGGGAACAUCCAGAGUGGUCCCAUGAGAUGGUGGAGCUGUGUGGUAAGUACAGCAGUGAUGGAGUGGUGGGGGUGGAUCUGGCAGGAGGGACAGUGGGAUACAAGGAGGAUGCUAACCUACCUCAUAUCAAGGCCUUCCAGGAGGCAGAAAGUCUGGGAGUCCAUCGAACAAUACAUGCAGGCGAGGUCGGAGGGCCAGAAAUAGUUGAAGAGGCAGUGACACAGAUGCACGCAGAACGUAUUGGCCAUGGAUAUCAUGUCUUGGAUGAUGAGGACUUGUAUCAACGGCUCAAGAAAGACGGCAUACAUUUCGAGGUGUGUCCAGUGUCUAGCUACAUGACAGGGGCUGUGCAGACAGAAUUCUCACAACAUCCAGCCAAGAGGUUUGCCAAAGAUGGAGCCAACUUUUCCCUCAGUUCUGAUGAUCCCAGGGUCUUCCUCACAUCCCUCGCUCGAGAACGGGACUUUGUGAAAGAGAAUUGGGGCUUUGACGAUGCCUUGAUUUCUACCCUGAACCUGAAUGCAGCUCAAGCAUGUUUCCUACCAGAGGCUGACAAAGACAGACUUGUCAAACAUAUCCAGAGUCUGCAAUGACCCUGCUACACAGACAUCUUCACUUAGUACACAGUAAAUUUUGCGCUCAGUGAGCUCCGGGGAGGCCAUACUUUUUUGGAUACUCGAAAGUGGAUUUUAUAAUGUACUUAAAUUAGCAAUUCGAGUAUCUACUCGGUGUAAGAUGUAAAUUUUAAAAUUUAUGUGGUCUAUAUACAUGUACAAGAUGUUUUCAACCAAGAGGAAUGAUAUUUACUAAUGUUUUUAUUGUGAUUAAAAAUGAGAUGACAUUCCUGUUUACAAAUUCCUCCUAUGGUUCAAAUUUGUCUCAAUGUUACCCAACAUAAAAUGUAGCCCUAAAUCUUAGUAAUUUUAUGCGGCCAAUAAUAUUUUAUUGUUUUAACAGUGAAUAUGAGGGUGAGGUGCAAAAUGUACAUUAAAUUUUGUAAGUCAGAGAAAUCAAGUGUGAUGAAAUCUUAUGAAACAAAAGGUAAGUUAGCUUUGUUGUUAAGGUUAAUUUGUCUAUUUUAUGUAAAAUGUUAGUAAAUGUAAAUUUGAAAUGUUUUAACAAAUUCAUCUUGUUUUACCAUAUAUAGAACCAUUUUUGUCAUUUUUACAUGUAGUAUCAGUAAAAUAUAAUCUCUAGAUUAUUGGACUAUCAGAAUAUGAUUUACUUGAUGAUUACGACAUGUAUAUUAUAUUAAGCAAACAAAUAAACAAUUUGGU